AAUUCUUCUCCUGUCGUCAUUUUCAUCCCAUUAAACCGCAACACUCCAUAUUCUUCCCUUCACCAUCGUCAUCAUCAUCCCAUCUUUCUGUCACCACCGUCUGCGAACCCCGGCGUGAACCAGCAGUUCCCGGCGAGACCCUUUCCGCGCAGACCAGCAAGUUCCGGCGAGUGAACCAGUUUAGAGAUCCUCCACGCAGCAGCACCUCCGGUGGUCCGUUCGAGCCCUGUUCCGACGAGUUCCAGCACGUCCGCGACCAGACCCUCGCUGCUGACGGUCGAUGUCCCCGGUUCGCGCGACUCAUCGCUAUCGUACACGUAUCCCCGAUCGAUCCACACAGUCCCAGGCCUCAGUUUCUGUUUGCACACCUUUAUCGCCGUCCAACACCAGCAGACACGAACCGCUGUCCGCUCGAGCCAAGCCCUGCUGCCAAGCGCGUACCGUUGGCACCAUUCGAUCGUCUUGUGCUCGUCUAUCGUUCGUACUCCAGAGAACGACAUUUGAAGGAUGAGAUUGAGAGGUUGAUUCGAGCUGGGUACCUGAAAGAGUUUGUGUAUCAGGAUAGAGCAAAAGGGAGAGGAAGGAGAAGGUGUCGGGAGGAUUCGGAGGAAAGAAGUGACAGGGACGAGGAAGGAGGCGGUGGAGAUGGUCGAGAUGGUCAAGGGAAGAAGUCGAUGAGAGAUGGCGAUAGGGAAGGGCACGGAAGAGAAGCCCCGAUGAAGAAAUGGACGAUUUACAUGAUUUCCGGAGGGCCAACAAAUGGUGGCUCCAAUAGGGCCAGGAAGGAGCAUGCUCGAGCUGUGAAGAGGAAGAGAGAGGAGGUAGGAAUUACGACUCGUAUGCCGGUGAUAAGUUUUAAGGCGGAGGAUGCCGAGGGAGUAGUCCUAUCGCACAACGAUGCUUUGGUGAUAACCGCGGAGGUUGCUGGCUUUGACGUGAAGAGGGUGUUCAUUGAUACUGGAAGUUCGGUAGACGUAAUGUUCUAUGACUGUUUUGUGCAAAUUAAUAAGGAGUUUAAUAUGGAGCUGAAGCCGGUGACCACCGCCUUUUAUGGCUUCAAUGGAGGAGAGGUGGUGCCGAUGGGCGAGGUAAGUUUGCCAGUGGCGUUGGGAGCAGGAGAGCUGAGGAAGGUGCGCAUGGUGAGGUUUGUGGUCGUAGGAGCUGAAUCAUCUUAUAACAUCAUUAUGGGGCGAACGAGCUUGAAUGCAUUCCAGGCGGUCGUAUCCACGUACCACAUGACGAUCAAGUAUCCG